GUUAUCUUUUACUUUUUACAAAUGUGUGCAUUUUUCGUACAUUAAACAAAACUUUAUAUGUGGUUAUGAUCCAACUAAAAGAAGGAUAGUCCGGCUAACUAUUUAAGCCAGAUCAAAGAUUUUCUUGAUUUUUUUUUUAUUUAUUUAGUAUAAAUAGAGUUGUUUUCCCUUUCCAUCCUCCUCCUUUUAUUACAACAUAAUACAACAAACUAUCACAAAUGCAACUCUCCAUCAAAACUCUUUUCAAGCGUGGUCAAGUUGAACAAGAAGUCACUGGCGCAACUACUAGUCGUAACUACGGUGCUCCUGGUAACAACAAUGAUCUGAUGCCCGUCUCGCCCAUAGACAGAUACCAAAAUGAUCCUGUGCGUACAACGUCUCUACCUGAUACAGUCGGUAACUUCUUCGAUCCUAUGGGUGGUAGUAAUCGUCCAGCUUUUGGCACGGAUGUUACUGACACGGGGGCCUAAUGUCUCUAUGAACUAGUUCUAUUUUAUGAACUAUACGCAAUUCUUGCUAUACAUUGUUAUUUUUGGCAUCCACCUUUUUAAUUCAUUUCAACUCUAAAUCUUUUUAUCACCUUCAUACUAUAUCUUCUCUUGAUAAUGCAUCAAGUACAUCAUUUUUGACCAACAAAAAACUCCACAAAUUUAU